GAGAGGAGAGGAUGGAGCUCUGGAAUAGAGAACAAGCAGAUGGAGAAGCACUAAGGGACUGAGAUUGGGCACUGGGAAUGUAGAAGGAACAAUUGUAGAGUGCUGUGUCAUAGAAAGUGAAGAGACUAGUUUAAAAAGUAACAUAUUUAUUUACUGUGGUCAAUAAUACUAAGAUGUCAUUAAAGAGAAUUUUUAGUGUUGACAUUUCCAAGAUAUAAGUAAUUGAAUGGUAGAAUUUAAAAGGAACAUCUGUUUACUCUUAACUCUAGAUAAAACUAGACAUAUCUUAAUUUAGACAAAUGAUGUCUCCCCUUUAAAAAUAUUAUCUUAAUAAAAGGUUCCCUUUCUUUUUUCUAUCUUUAUUCUCUGUGCUGCAGUUUAAGUUUUUUUAUUCUUCUCAAGAUGGUAUCCAGCUCUGGACAAUGUGAGAACUCAUCAGGAGUGGAGAAAUCAUGACUUUUGUUUCUUUUCCUCUUCUCUAAGUCAUUGAUGAUGGCCCUUAGCAAUUCCAGCUGGAGGCUACCUCAACUUUCUUUUUUCCUGGUAGGUAUACCGGGUUUGGAGGAAAGCCAGCACUGGAUAGCCUUGCCCCUAGGUGUCCUUUAUAUCCUUGCUCUGGUGGGAAAUGUCACCAUUCUUUUCAUCAGCUGGACUGACCCAUCCCUGCACCAGCCCAUGUACCUCUUCUUGGCUAUGCUUGCUAGCAUUGACCUGAUCCUGGCCUUCUCCACUGCACCGAAAACCCUUGCAGUACUCCUGGUUCAGGCCCAUGAUAUUGGGUAUACUGUAUGCUUGAUCCAGAUGUUCUUCAUUCAUGCGUUCUCCUCCAUGGAGUCAGGUGUGCUUGUGGCCAUGGCUCUAGAUCGCUAUGUAGCCAUCUGUCACCCUCUGCACCAUUGCACCAUCCUGCAUCCAGAGGUCAUAGGGUGCAUUGGAGUGGCAGUACUCGUGCGGGGAUUACUCCUUCUCACCCUUUUCCCCAUCCUGCUGCGGCGCCUCAUCUUCUGUGAGGCCACCAUCAUAGGCCAUGCCUAUUGUGAACAUAUGGCUGUGGUAAAACUUGCCUGCUCAGACACUACAGUGAACCGAGCCUAUGGGCUGGCAGUGGCACUGCUUGUGGUUGGGCUAGAUGUUCUGGUCAUUGCUAUUUCCUAUGCUCUCAUUCUCCAGGCAGUUCUGAAGGUACCAGGAGGUGAGGCCCGACUUAAGGCCUUUAGCACAGGUGGGUCCCAUGUUUGCGUUAUUCUGGUCUUCUAUGUCCCUGGAGUAUUCUCCUUCCUCACUCACCAUUUUGGCCACCAUGUGCCUCAUCACAUCCAUGUUCUUUUGGCCACUCUUUACCUCCUUGUGCCACCUGCCCUCAAUCCUCUUGUCUAUGGGGUGAAGACUAGACAGAUUAGUCAGCGGGUACUCAGGAUAUUCUACAUAAAAGCAUAG